CUCUCUCUUUCCAGUUGUUCUGUGGGCGUGUCCCUUGUGCACCUCACAGUCGGCAAAAAUGGCGCUCUCGCAGAAGGAGCAGGAUAUUCAGAUGAUGCUGGCGGCCCAGUGCCACCUGGGCACCAAGAACUGCCACUACCAGAUGGAGCGGUACAUGUACCGCCGUCGCCAGGAUGGCAUCUACAUCAUCAACCUGGAGAAGACUUACGAGAAGCUGCAGAUGGCUGCGCGCGUCAUUGUGGCCAUUGAGAACCCGCAGGACAUUUGCGUGCUGUCCGCUCGCCCCUAUGGCCAGCGCGCUGUGUUCAAGUUUGCGCAGUACCUGGGCUGCAAGUCGAUGGCCGGUCGCCACACGCCCGGUACCUUCACUAACCAGAUUCAGAAGGCGUUCGAGGAGCCGCGCCUGCUGAUUCUGACCGACCCCCGCACCGACCACCAGCCGGUUAAGGAGUCGUCCUACAUGAACAUCCCCAUCAUUGCUUUCUGCGACACGGACAGCCCGCUCACCUACGUGGAUGUGGCCAUCCCGGCCAACAACAAGGGCAAGCACUCCAUCGGUGUGCUUUACUGGCUGCUGGCGCGCAUGGUGCUGGAGAUGCGUGAGCAGAUCACUCCCGCCAACCCCUGGAACGUCAUGGUGGACCUGUUCUUCUACAGGGAGCCCGAGGAGACCAAGGAGGCUGGCGAGGAGGAGGCCUUCGAGGGUGAGGGCUACGCCCUGCCCGCCCCCGUCGGCGCCACCGACACCUGGGGUGAGGCCGCCGCUCCCGAGGCCGCCCCCGCCGCUGCUGGCUACACGCCGGAGGCCGCUGGCUUCGAGGCCGCCGCUGGCUUCGAGGCCGCUGCCCCGCCCCCGGUGGCCGGCUUCGUGGCCCCCGAGGCCUUCGGCAGCGCCUUCUAAGCGCCCACUGCCGCUUGCGAGCUGCGGAGGAGGAGGCUUGUGAAGGGCCGCGGCUGUGCGUUGCCCCUUGCGGUGGCGCAUAGCGGUGGUUGUGCGAGGCGCGGGUGGUUGUGCGGGUUGGCCUUGGGGAGAGAGCUGUAAAGUGAAAACAGAA